ACUUGAGACAUGAGUUAGUCGUCUAGCGCGCGGAUGAAUGCAGCCCUCUGAGUUCGCGCCUCAUGACAAGAAAGUGGGGCUGGCGCGAGGGAACAACGUUUGACCGAACUCGGAGGGUUCAGCUUUGGCCGAGGGCAACUGCAGAAGGCGAAAGCGAGAAUGGCAAGGCCAAGGCAGAGGUGUCCUCCGAGUCGAGCUCAAGCGGAACAGAGGAUUCCGCGAGCUCCAAGGAGGAAGCGUCCGAAGCCAGAAUCAUCAAGUCCGUGAGGAUACAAGAAGCUGAGAGCGAAGAUGCAGCCGAAGAUGCCGAAAGCGCCAAAGACGCAACGGGAGAUUCCGAGGGCGCCAAAGAUGCGGCUAGAGACGCGGUGAGUGCCAAAGACAUGACUGGAGCUGUCGAAAGUGCCAAGGACGUCAAUGGCCCUGAGCAGGCGCGGUUGGCGGGUGCUUCCCCGAAGGCGUCUCCGAGUUCUCCCAAGGCCAAGACAAGCCCUGCUUCGAAGGCGAAGCCGCGCAGUGCGCAAGAGGCUCGAUCGCCGAAGGCUCUGACACCUCCCUCGCCGAAGGCUAUGGGGAGGCGCCGAUCCUCGCAGUCCCUGGUGCCUCACGAGCUGCAGAAGCUGCAGGAAGGCGCCGACUUCGAGGCAGCGAAGGUGCGGCGUGCGGUGGCCGCGGCGGCCAAGCGUGUGAAGGCCGUGCAGGCCAAGAGCAAAGCCGAGCCCCCGCCAAAGAAGAAGGUCACCUCGAGGUCAGAGCUGCUAGCGUGCCUGUUCAAUGCCUUGGGUGGCUACGAGACCAGCUACCUCAGCAGCAGCCAGCUUCUUCGCAUGGCUUUGUUGCUGGGCUUCGAGGGUGGCCAGAGGGAGUGGCAGAGGGAGUACCUGGUGCUCUGCCGCUCGUACAACUGGAACCCGAAGAGGGGAGCCAACCGCCGGCAGUUCGCCGCUUUGCUGGAUGAUGACGAUAGCGAUGCUUACAGCAACGACAUCGAGGUGGCGACCAUGCUCUGCAACCUCCAGGCCAAGCAACCGCAGCAGGUGCCGCGGGAGCAGAUGGUGAAGGAGUUCUUCAACUGGGUGGACCUCAGUCGCAGCCAAAGGCUGGGGAGCCGAGAGCUCCUCCGCUUCGCCAAGCAUGUGGGCUUCGAAGGUGACAAGGCAGCCUGGGAGAAGGAGUACAGCUUCAUGGUUCGGCGGUACCACUGGCCACCUGCGGGCUGUGACCUUGCUCAGUUCUCGCGGAUGCUGUCGGAUCCGGAGGGCCUGUGCUACUGCGACAACGCGGCUCUGCAGGUGGAGCUGGCCGAGCUCGAGCUGGCCACCUCCCGGCCGUUCUUCUCCAAGCUGCUGGAUCCGGGUGUGCAGAAGGCCGAGGCCCAGCUUCGGCUUAAAAGUGCCCGACUCAUCCAGGAGCUGUGGCGGGGCCGCCUGCAGUCUCAGGUGCUGAUGCGGGAGUUGAGGCGAAGACUGGCGGAGAAGAAGGAGCUGGAAGAGUUCCGAAAGGUGGAAGCGAGUCAGAAAGCGCGCAUGGUGAAGGCGGCCGCGCGCAUAUGGAGAUGGUGGCGGCCGUAUGCCAGGAAGCAGAAGUGGAUGAGAAUCAUCACUGCCACGAAGGCGAGGCUGAGCCGGGAGUCCAGCUACAAGGAGGGCCUCCGGACUGCGCGCCUGGGGAAGAUGAGCCGCCUUCAGGAUGCAGAAGUUUGUCGAGAUGAGGACGGGCCGAAGCCUUUGUUGCGGGCUAGCCUGCUGCCACCGUCGGAGGCACAGAAGCGGAAGGUGAAGUCUCAGCAGCAGCGGGCCAAGGAGAUCCAGGAGAGUCGGCGCAAGGCCCAGCAGGUCCAGGAGCGGACCAAGCGCAUCGCCAGCCCCAAGUUUCUGCAAGCAGAUGUCCAGCCGAGGGAUUGGAGGCACAUUCGAAUCCCCUGGCAAGACAACUGGGCGGACUCGGUGACUGGCAUCCUGUCAAAGCAGGGCUUGUCCUCUGCGCAGGAGGGCGACCGCUUCGAAGUGCUAAACUGCCAGGGCGUGCCUUUCUCCUUCAAGGACAGACGCCUUCAAUCCAGCACUGGCCGUCGACCCAUAGUGCAAGCAGAUUUUCCGAUGCUGCUCAACAUCAAGGAGUGGAAGCUCUCGGAGCUGCUGAAGUCCCUGCGUCAUCCCGAGAAGGAACAGCGCCAGGCCCAGGUAGCGAUUCAGAAGCAGAUCGAGAUGCUGAAGCGUGGCCGACCAGGCAAGCUGAUGGAGCCUCAGGAGCGCAUGAAGCUGGAGCGCCUGCGCCAGGAGGAGGCCAACCUCAAGGCCAAGUGCGAGGAUGCCAAGGCAAAACUGUUCUGGAGGUUGGAGACAAGGGCCGCCACCCUGCUCCAGGCUAUGGCGCGGGGCCUGCGCAUCCGCGUGCAGGAGCGCCUGCGCCUGAAGGCCGCGCAGGCGAUUCAGCGAGGAUGGAGAGGAUACAUCAGCCGCUUGCGCGUGGAACACCUCAAGGAACUGACCAAGCUGCGACUCAAGCAAGUGAAGCAUGUCCGCAAUGCAGAGUCCCUCUUCGAGGCGGUCCACCACCAGCAGGAGGCAGUGGCCAUUCGAGUGAUCCGCGACAAAGACUUCAACCCCUUCAGCUUUCGUCACGCCGUCUCGCAGCAGUCGCUGCUGCACGCGGCGGCGCAGGAGGGCCUGGCCGCGCUCUGCGGGGAGCUGCUGAAGGCGGCGAAGCUGCGAGGUAUGGAGGGCUUUGCCUCAGCCCGGGACUGGCGUGGCUGGACAGCACUGCACACUGCAGCUCUGAGCGACCAGGCGGCGUGUUGCAGGGAGCUGCUGGUGGCGGAGGAGCUGUCGCAUCCGCCAGGUUGCUUGGGACGCAAUAACCAGACAGCGCUGCACGUGGCAGCGCUGCAAGGGCACACGGAGGUGGCUAAGGUUUUGCUGAAUACGCAGAGCUUCGAGGAUGCUGUGGACUUGCGCGACAGGUGGGGCCGCACUGCUUUGCACUGUGCUGCGGAGCAGGGGAACGCCACUGCCAUCAAGAUCGCGGAGCACGUCGCCUUCCAAAGCUUCGAGGCUAAAAAUGCCUGGGGCGCCACCGCGGCGCAGUUGGCGCCCGAGGAGCUGCGAAGGGCUUUGCAGGACGCCUGCAAGAGGCGCCUGCAGCGACUGGAGGGCUCUCGCAGGAAGAGGAGGGUCUGUACCUACGUUCCGGGAGAUGAUGAUGAUGAGCCAGAGGCACAGGCAUCACGGCCUGUGGAGUCGCAAGCGAGCCAGAAAUCCAGCCUUCCUGCAGCAGCAAUGGCCAAAGAUGUCAAAGAAACGCAUGCCAAGCCCGAGGACAAUGCCUCGGGGCGCGAGGCCGCACGAGGUCGGUCGCGCGCAAAGACCAACGGCACACUGCCGGGCGCAUUCUCCCCACCAAGCCGGUGAAACUUGGUAGGUCGGUUCGCUUUUUCACGAGCCACUCACGUCGCUAAUGCCUUGCCUCUCCAAAGUGAGACGCCGCAUGCUUGGGUGGUCUGACCAAGUUGCUGCUCAGCUGCCGGGGACA